AUGGCUGGAGGUACAUUAGAAUCGGCGUCUUUAUUCUACCAAAGCACUAAUCGUCGAGAAAUGUGCUAUUGGAUAUCACACAUUAAGCUAUCAAGGAUUAUCGUAAUAAUGCUGUUAAUUUUGUUUGUUGUCUCGUUAUUUGCGCACUACUAUUUAUCGAAGGUGGAAACAAAUGCAUCCGGCAUGGACAUGCAUCGUACCAGGUUAGAAGCAUUCGACGACUUCACAUCAAUGAAAGCCUCAGACCUAAAAUUCCGUAUAGAAGAAAUGUUGCGUAUAAAAGUAUCCGUGAGCAACGAACUCCGAGACUUGGAAGCAAAGCGCCAGCGCCUGCAACUCGAAGUCUCAGGAUUCAACCAAAAAAUCGACGAUCUAAAGCAAGAAUUGAUCCACCAACAAACUGACCUGGACCGUUUGAAAAUGAGCCUGGUUCAAGCGCAAGCAGCCCAUCGCGAAGCUAUCGAACGUAACACUCCUGAAUUAGCGCCACCCCGUCGAAUCUUGAUAAAUUCGCUUCCAACCAACCUCAAAUUCACUUCUAGCGAAUCCUCUUCCUGCCGGAUGUUCAACUGCUUCGACCACAGCCGAUGUGCCUUGACCAGCGGGUUCCCUAUUUAUCUCUACGACCCCGACAUCUUUUCCGUGAUAAACCCCACCUGGGACAUAGACGGGUUCCUAAAGACAACCAUAAAACAAACCCUCGGCUACAACGCCCACCUAACUUCAAAUCCCGCUGAAGCAUGCAUCUACAUUCUCCUAAUUGGCGAAGCUUUGCCUUCCAACAGCCAAGGACCCAGCCACCAAGUCUUCCCUCAUCCCCUGCACGUGAAAAAGCUCCACUCGCUCCCCUACUGGGGUGGCGACGGACGAAACCACAUUCUGCUGAACCUAUCUCGUCGUGAUCUCUCAAUAAACUCCAGCAACAUGCUGGACAAUUCCGACACCGGGCGAGCUAUAAUCGUCCAGUCGACUUUCUUACGAAACCAAUACCGUCCAGGAUUUGACAUCAUAGUCCCGCCAAUCCUCGGACCUCCUGGAGGCGACGUUUGGCAGGAAUGCGCUUCCAUGGUCCCAGCUCGUCGCAAGUACUUGCUGUCCUUCCAAGGUGAAAUUAAGACCACCAAGUCGCUGUCAUCAUCCGGCUCUACCAGCAGACCAAUUGAUGAUGCGGAGAUAGACCUUGAGCGCGUUGAAGAUGAAAACAACCUGGACAAGUUCAUCGUCCAGCACCUGAAUGACAUGACCACUGGAGUUACCAUGGACAAGUUCUUCAUCCAAUUCGAGUGCAUACCAGCCACUGAUGACUCCGUCAGAGGGAAGCUUUUAGAUUGGACGCUUUGUGGUACCGAGUCUUCCAGAAAGGAAAUCCUCAAGGAUUCGACGUUUGUACUGAUUUUGGCACCCAGUAACUCCAGUUUUGUCACUACUUCUUCGAUUCAGGCGAGGAUUUAUGAAGCGCUCAGGUCUGGGGCGAUUCCUGUUAUUCUGGGUGGUGAUCAGAUUUACCUCAGCUACAACGAAGUAAUCGCCUGGAGACGAGCUGUGCUUUUUCUGCCCAAAGCCAGAGUCACUGAAAUGCACUUCUUGCUCCGUGCAAUUCCUGACAGUGAUUUGCUGUUCAUGCGUCGUCAAGGCAGGCUCAUUUGGGAGCGAUACAUGGCCACUGCUCAGGGUGCUGCUGACACUAUCGUAGCUUCAAUUCGCGAUCGUUUGGGAAUCCCUGCUGUUCCGGCGAUCCAGUCUCCAAGUCCUAGUGUCUUUAAUGAGACUUUUGUACCGAUUAAAUCUGACGCAAUUGUCGCGGAGCCUGAGGCUGAAGAGAGCUUAGGUCCGCUGGAGCCUCCGUAUCCCUCCCCGGUUUUCAAGAGGAAUUACACGAUUAUGCUGAUCCACGGGCAUGAGAUUUGGAACGAGUGGGUCAAUCCUUUUUAUCUGUACCCGCAAUUGCCCUUUGAUACGGUGCUUUCUAGUGACGCUAAAUUUGUUGGGUCCGAGGUCGGGUUCAGGCCCAUUGGCAAAGGAGCUGGUGGCGCUGGCAAAGAGUUUAGCGAAUCACUAGGUGGUAAUUAUCCAAGAGAACAAUUCACUAUUGUUAUACUGACCUACGAACGCGAGCAAGUUUUGAUUAAUUCGCUGGCUCGGUUGUACGGGCUGCCUUAUUUGAACAAAGUUUUGGUUGUUUGGAACAGUCCCAAGCCUCCGAUCGAAGAUCUCAGGUGGCCUGACAUUGGCGUGCCUAUUGUUGUGAUCAAAGCCUUGAGAAACAGUUUAAACAACAGAUUCCUACCUUUCGAUACGAUCGAAACAGAAGCAGUGUUGUCCGUGGACGACGACGCCCAUCUGAGACAUGACGAAAUAAUGUUUGGCUUUCGGGUAUGGCGGGAGCACAGAGACCGCGUUGUUGGAUUCCCCGGACGCUACCACGCCUGGGAUCAAAACUUCCACAACUCGUGGAACUAUAACUCUAAUUAUUCCUGUGAAUUGUCGAUGGUACUGACGGGCGCAGCAUUUAUUCACAAGCAUUACAUGUAUCUUUACACCAACUGGCUGCCCCAGGCAAUCAGGGACAAGGUUGAUGAGUACAUGAACUGCGAAGAUAUUGCCAUGAAUUUUUUGGUUUCGCAUCUCACGCGGAAACCUCCCGUCAAAGUAACUUCACGGUGGACGUUCAGGUGUCCAGGUUGCCCCGUUUCGUUGUCUGAAGAUGAUACACACUUUCAAGAACGGCAUAAGUGUAUCAACUUCUUUGCUCAGGUAUUUGGAUACAUGCCACUACUAAAUACUCAGUACCGAGCAGAUUCGAUUCUCUUCAAAACUCGGAUAUCGCACGACAAACAAAAAUGUUUCAAAUUUAUAUAA